UUGUCCUUCGGUCGUCUCUUGGUCUGUAAAGAUGAGCUCUCAGGAGAGACACGGAGCGGCAUCAUCUUCCUCCUCAGCUUGUCCCUCAAGGCAGCUUGAAGACCAAAGACAAAUGUCACUUUUCCAGGAACAAGUGCAAGAAGACAUUUUACAGCAUAUGCUGACAAGGUUUAGCUUGAUUUUUCGGAAUGAAACUUUAGAUUUGGAUUACCUCCUGGAUACUGCUCAGCAAGAACUGGAUUUGGCAAUUACUGCAUCAAAUCAUGUCAACAUCCCAGAAGCUUUAAUUAUGGGUCUACAGGAGCUAAUCAACAUAAUUCAUGUAAAUGUAAGUUCUGAAGAAACUUCAACAACUGCAUCUGAUAUUGUAACCUGCACUUGGGGAAACGUCGGACGCCCACGUUUGGAUAUCAGAAGGGAUGACCUUGAGGAACUCCUUCAUACUGCUCUCCCUGUAGAACAUCUUUCUCGGAUCUGUGGCGUUUCUAGAAGCACAAUAAACAGAAGAUUGAAGGAACACACCCUGUCUAUCAGAGCCUGCUAUUCCAACAUAUCAGAUGAAGAACUUGAUCAUGUUGUGAGAUCAAUAAAAAUAAGAAUGCCACACGCUGGUUACAGACUAAUGAAAGGUGAACUUUUGGCUAGAGGGCACCAGAUACAGUGGCACAGGAUGAAGGCCUCUAUGCGACAGGUGGAUGGAGCUGGAAUUUUGGCCAGAAUGGUUCAGCUUGGUUUUAUAGCUCGCAGAAGUUACUCUGUUCCUGCACCAUUGUCCCUAGUUCAUGUGGACACCAACCAUAAGCUAAUCACAUUCAAUAUUGUGACAUUUGGUGGGAUUGAUGGUUUCUCAAGAAAGGUACUGUUGGUCAAGCUCUGACUUUGUUCUGUUUUGAAACUUAAAGGGAUAGUUCCCACAAAAAUGAAAA